GACAUUUUGUCCGGUGAAGGGUGACCCAAUGACCAUCCUUUACGAUUCCAAGUUCCUGCGGAACCGGUUUUAUUAAUCGACUUCUGAGUCGGAGCCGGCAGAACCAAAUAUGUUUUAAUUGUGGUGCUACGUCGCGCGGCGCCGGCGCGGGCAGCGGACAGUCCUCGCGCGGCGCCCGGCACACUCGCUCGCACCAUGACCACGGAGUUCACGCGGGAGCAGGUGGCGGCGCACAGCCAGCCCGGAGACGCCUUCAUCAUCAUCGACAACGUGGUGUACGAUGUGACGGCGUUCCUGGACGACCACCCGGGCGGGGCCGAGGUGCUGAUGGACAACGCGGGGCGCGACGCCUCCGACUGCUUCCACGACAUCGGGCACAGCCAGGACGCGCGCGACUGGAUGCUGCAGUUCCGCGCGGGCGAGGUGGCGGCGGCGGAGCGGCGCGAGGUGCGCGUGCGCAGCGCCGCCUGGGCCGAGCCGGGCGAGGGGGACUCGCUGCGCGGGCUGCUGGCCGCCUGGGCGCCGCCCCUCGCGCUCUCCGCGCUCGCCGCACUACUCUACUUGUAUCUGUUCGGGUGAUGGACUAUACAAAACACCAAAUAGCAAAUAUGUAAAUAAUUCUACGUAGAUUACAAUUAUUAAACUUAAAGUUAUUUUAAGAAUGACGAAGCAAAUGUGAUACUUCCUUACUAUCGUUGUGAAUAAUAUCGUUGUAAGUAUUGUAUGUACUUACAUGAAGGUCAUGGGCGUUUUUAACCCAAUUUUAUAAAGUUUGU